CUACCUCCCCGACUUCUGCUUCCGUUUUGUCUCGUCCCGAUCGGCCGGCCCCAUUCUUCAUCCAUCGUCACCCCUCCUCACACCCGCAGUGCCACGCGGGAGCUAGCUCCGACCCCGGACGCGGCGAGAGAGAGGGAGAGAGAGGGGCGUCGUCGAUGGGGAAGUGGAUCAAGUCGCUGGUGGGCCUCAAGGCGCCGUCGGCGUCCGCGGCGCCGGGGAAGGGGCGGAAGUGGAGCCGGCUGUGGCGGAGCGGGUCCAGGGACGGCGCCGGGGGCUGCGAGACGUCCUCAACCACGUCGUCCGCCAGCGCGCUCGGCUCGGUCGUGGCCGCCGCGGCGCGCGCGCCGCCCCGGGACUUCCGCGUGAUCAGGCAGGAGUGGGCCGCCGUGCGCAUCCAGGCCGCCUUCCGCGCCCUCCUGGCGAGGCGGGCGCUGAAGGCGCUGCGGGGCAUCGUGCGGCUGCAGGCGCUGGUGCGCGGCCGGCUGGUGCGGCGGCAGCUCGCCGUCACGCUCAGCCGCAUGGAGGCGCUGCUGAGGGUGCAGGAGCGCGCCAUGGAGCGCCGGGCACGCUGCUCCGCCGACGCGCUGCCACAGGACGCGCCCGGCCACCGCGACGGCCGUGCCGAUCCGCUCAGGGAAACUGAGGAACGAUGGUGUGACAGGCAAGGUUCUGUCAACCAAGUAAAAUCAAGAAUGCACAUGAAACAUGAGGGUGCAGUGAAGAGACAAAGGGCAAUUGCUUAUGCUCAUUCUCACCAGGGUCGGAGUUCAAGAUACAGUGGAAGGUCAAGCUCCCCUGCAAGCUCUCUCAGGAACCAUGAGUCUUACAUAGAAGGAUGGAUGGCAACAAAACCCUGGGAGAGCACGCAUAUGGACUCAAACCUCGGCCAGUCGCGUCGUCUACAUAGCUACAAGGAGACGAUAAACUUCGAAGACUCCAAAUAUUCAUGUGCUGGCUCCACCAAGAUCAGAAGAAACAAUGACUCAGCCAGAGUUGAAGCAAUGCCUCCACCGGCGCUCUCGGCUUCCUCCUCGGACUUUGGGUGCGACGAGAGCUCUCCGUCGACAUCCUCGGUGACCCCAGGAUACUCUGCUACCAACACCUUGGCAUCAGAGGCAAGAUCCGACAGUGGUGGAGGGCCGGGGUACAUGAGCUUGACCAAGGCUGCCAAGGCAAGGCUGGAGGACGUCGGCGGCAGUCGGAGAGGGCCGUUCCAGCUGCAGAGGCAGCGGUCUGGGGGCGUGCCGUAUUACAGCAGAAGGGUGGCGCUCUCUUCGUUGGACUCCGAGAGCAACGCGGGAUCGGAUGUCUCGGCCGCCGCGAGGAGGUUGAACAGCGUGUCUCUCAAAGGGCAGAGCAUGACGAGGAGCUUGGACAAGGAGAACUACAAUUAUUAAUCCUAGCUGCUUGCUUGCUUGCUCACAUGGACAAACUAGUUUGCAACUCAUACAUAAAUUUUCUUCAUUCUGCUUCUGCUUCAGCGUUAUGUGUACACACACCCAGUGUCGAGUUCAACGCCUCAUUGGUUGCAUUAAUAAUAAGUACUCCCUCCGUUUCAAAA